UGGUUUGCAAAGCGUACAUAACCGCACCGGUUCUCCCGAGCCCCAUCUCCAUGGUUGUUCCUCGGCAGCGCGACCCAGCCCAGCCCCGACCUACCCAGAGGCGACCUCUCCUCCCGGCCGGCGCCCGUGAUGUCAUCCCCCUCCGCCUCCUCCGCGUCGGGUCCCAGCCCGGCAGACCUCCUCCGCCACAAUCGUAUCCUCUCCAGCAAGCUUUACCUCGACGUCCCACCGUCCAAGGUUCCGGUGAUUUACUCGGUGGCAUACGACAUCGCCUUCCUCGGAAUCGAGAAGCUGCACCCGUUUGAUUCCGCAAAAUGGGGCCGCAUAUGCAAGUUCCUCACCAAAGAAGGGCACCUGGAAAAGAACCGAGUGGUCGAGCCAUUGGAGGCUUCCAAGGAAGAUUUACUGGUGGUUCACACGCAGUCAUACCUAAACAGCCUGAAGACCAGCUUCAGGGUUGCCACCAUUAUGGAGGUUCCUCCUGUAUCGCUUAUUCCUAAUUGGCUGGUGCAGCAAAAGCUACUGUUCCCCUUCCGGAAGCAGGUGGGUGGGUCCAUUUUAUCAGCCAAACUUGCGCUUGAGAGAGGAUGGGCCAUUAAUGUUGGUGGAGGAUUUCACCAUUGUUCGGCAGAGGAAGGGGGUGGAUUUUGUGCAUAUGCUGAUAUUUCACUCUGCAUUCAGUUUGCCUUUGACCGUUUAAAUAUAUCAAGAGUAAUGAUCAUAGAUUUGGAUGCUCACCAAGGAAACGGUCAUGAAAAGGAUUUUGCCGAUGAUGGAAGGGUUUACAUUUUGGACAUGUACAAUGCUGGAAUUUAUCCCUUUGAUCAUGCUGCUAAGCGGUAUAUUGAUCAAAAAGUUGAGUUAGUUAGUGGGACAAAAACAGACGACUACUUGGAUCAGCUUGACCAGGCUCUCGAGGUUGCACAAACAAGAUUUCAGCCCCAGUUGAUUGUUUACAAUGCUGGGACAGACAUCCUGGAUGGUGAUCCAUUGGGCAGAUUGGAGAUAAGUCCUGAGGGUGUGGUGAACAGAGAUGAGAAGGUGUUUAGGUUCGCAGUUGAUCAAAACAUUCCACUUCUCAUGUUGACAUCAGGAGGCUACAUGAAGUCGAGCGCACGAGUAAUCGCAGAUUCAAUUAUCAAUCUCUCACAGAAGGAGUUGAUACAACUAAGUAGCCAGCUGGACUAGAUAAUCUCCCACAAAAUAACCUGAUGCAACCAGCUGGGCUAACACAUGCGAUCGGAGUGUCACCUUAACGACACGUCUACUGGAUGUACAUAUCUUGUGUAUAAGGAGUGGUUUACAUUUCUACGAUAUUCUUGUCAUCAUAUAUAUGCUGCAAGAGGCCUUCCUUUUAACAGAGGCCCUUCCUUUUAAGAGGGAGUGAAUGUUCGCUCA